CAUCAUCAUCUCCCCUCCUUACACAAGAAUCUUGGAUUGUAGACAGAACUGUAAUUGUUUUGGUUUUGCUUGUUUUUGGAACACCGCAGGUAGGAAUAAGGCUGCAAGAUCAAUCGAUUGACCCGUUUGAGUGAAUCGUCGGCACUGCUCCCAACAACCCCCGAUCCCAAUAACCAAAUCCAUCCACACACUUCUCCUUCGUCUCUCAACCACUCUUUCACCAAAACCUACCACCUCUCUCUCUCUCUCUCUCUCUCUCUCUCUCUCAAUUCAUGGAUUCUUCGUCCAAGACUCAGGGCUUGGACCCUCCGCUUCAUCUGUUGGGCUUCGAGAUCGACGAGUUAUCACCGACACGAAUCACCGGCCGCCUUCCUGUCACUUCCACCUGCUGCCAGCCCUUCAAGGUAUUGCACGGCGGCGUCUCCGCCCUGAUCGCCGAGUCUCUGGCCAGCAUGGGGGCCCACAUGGCAUCUGGGUUCAAAAGGGUCGCCGGAAUUCACCUCUCCAUCAACCACAUGAAGUCCGCUGACCUCGGCGACCUCAUCUUGGCCGAGGCCUCACCGCUGAGCCUGGGCAGGACCAUUCAGGUCUGGGAGGUCAAGCUAUGGAAGACCCAUCACUCUCCUCAAUCCAAAACCUUGGUCUCUUCCUCGAGGGUAACUCUUCUCUGCAAUCUUCCAGUUCCUGACCAUGCCCACGACGCCGCUGAUCGGCUCAGACAGUUUUCCAAGUUGUAAUAAUGUGUCUAUACAUAUAUAUGUUGGUUUCAAUUGGCUUAUUUACGGAACAAUCAGAGACCGAGCUCCCCCUGCUGUAGACCUGAAUCAAACCAGAGGAGUCUUCAUCAUGAUGUUGCCGCCACUUGAAGAAGUUUCACCUUAUCCUUCUCUCUUCCCAUUUCCCAUCAAUUGUCUUUUUAGUAGUGGGAUGUAAAAAUGACUGAUUGAUGAAGAGAGGGCAUGUAGUCAUGCAGUUGCUCCAAUGGAAAAAACAUCAAUUCUCUCUU